AUGGCUCCCAAAACUGCUGCAAAAUGGCCCACGGAAGAAAUGAAGAAAGCACCUACGGAGGAGGAGCGGGAGGAUACAUUUCGUGAGCCAGAAAGUUCUUCUGAUGAUGGAAAAGACGACAUAAUAGAAGGCCAAUAUAUACGUGGAUCUGCCAACUUAGGGGACUCAAUAUCAAACAGCAAGUCAACUCCACCGAGGACACAAUAUGUAGCCGCCAAAAAAGCAACAGAAACAGAUCGUUCAUUUGGCACUCGGAAGGAAACCAGGGGCAGCAAGUUACCCUCGAGCUCCAGCAGUUCUUCGAUUGGCUCAAACGGCAGUACAAAGAGGAAUGGUGUUGAGCAAAUCUACAAGCUUGAGGAAUGGAAAACGGACGAUUUCGGAUCUGUGCGGCGUAGAAAGAAAGUAAAGACAAAAUACGGCUCAAAAUCACAGGUCAAGAUUCUUGUAUCAAAGAAGAAACCAAAAGAUAAGUUCAAGGUUUAUGGCCAGAUGAAAGACAGCCCGCUGAAGUCGGAAACAUCAAAGCACCUCAAAGUUGUCUCCGACAUUGAAACGUCCCCGGAAUCUACUCCCAAACGAAGGAAAUACAAGCCCUCCUCUGAUGUAGACAGUCCGAGACCAACAAAAACCGAGCAAAAAUCGUUGAAGAUUUAUGAUAUGGACGAUCUCAGCGACUCAGACGAGGGUUCAGCUGAACGAGCUACGAAAAAGCUUCGUAUACCUCAACUGCAUGAAUCCCCCGCGAAGCAAAAAGAAGGACUUAAGGAUUACGCGAUCGGCUUGGAACCUGACUUGAUCUCAAAAGCAAAAUCACUUAUAGACAAAGACCAAGAUGAGCUGGAUCCAGGAUCACAAAGUAUGGAAGAUUAUGACUUUUCUACCAUGACACAGCAAGCACGUUGCCCAAUGUGCGGCGCAACUGUUGAUCCCGAGGAUAUCAGGGCAUACAGCAAGAAUGGCGUCAUGAACAUCCGAACCCAAGAGAAAUUCUGUAGGGAACACAAGACCAGAACUGCCCAGGAUGAUUGGGAAAUCAAGAGUUAUCCAACCAUCGACUGGGAUAGCCUAGAUUCUCGGAUUUCGAAGCAUCAUGCGUUCAUCAAGAAAUUGAUCAAUGGGCAACAUUCGUACUACAGGGAGCUCAUGGACGACACUGUCCUUGGCGGGAAAGAUCGAAACCUCAUGAAAAUGACGUCCAAUUUGACACCUGGAUACUAUGGGGCCCGUGGUUUGCGGAUUUUCUCAGAGAAUAUUAUGCGCAAGUUCACUCCGCUUUUAAAGGAGAGGUUACCACAUGAUCCAGUGAUGUCUGCGAGAGGUUUUACAGCCUAUGUACAGUCUGUUUUGGUCCCAGAAGUUGUCGUACGACUGAUCAUGGAGGAUAUGGAUGUUGAUGUCGAGAAGGGCAGAGAGAUACUUGCUGAUAGUGUAAAUGUCGGAGAACUCCUCAGCGAGGAGAUCAAAGAUGUGGUGACGAAAAGGGUAGUUGACAGUGAGGGUGAAGACGAAUCGGAUUAA